UUGAUUUACCUUAUCUGAUAUAUGGUACACUGCUUGCCAUUUGUUUACCAUGCGAUAUAUACCUUCUAAGAAAGAGCUCGAAUAAGAAAGCAGAAAUGUCUUCAGUAUCAAGAUUCACUUAUUCUUGGGAGAUCUCCAGCAACGUUCUUCUUCUUGUAGUUAUUACAAUACCAUUCUCAUUUCAAGAAGCCUUCCUUUGGUUUCAUCUUAAAGAUUUUUCUUUUUCUCAGACGGAGAUAGGAGUGAUGUACUGUCUGCUCAGUAUCAAUUAUAGCCUCGCAUCCUUAUUGAAUGUUCGGAUAGCGUAUAAAGUAUCAAAUUUGAAAAAUCUGCUCACUGUGUCAAAUAUUUUAAUUGCCAGUGCAUCAUUGCUCUGCGGUCCAUCGCCUUUCUUAGGAAUAGAACAUAAUCACUUCAAGACAACAUUGUGUUUAAAAGAUAUUUAUCAGACAUUGCAUUACAGUUCGGUUUACAUCUUUGACAAAUUGUAUUUGUGUUUAACUUUUAGUGGCGAUAAAACGGAGCAAACUUUAGAAGAAUCCAGUACAAUAAACAGCAUUUUCUACACAAGUAUGUAUAUUGGACAUCUCACUGGAUUUACAGUUGCUGGACCUAUUUUAGAUGUAUUUGGCUAUAGAUGGAGUCUAACCCACAUAGCAUUUCUUAUAUUAUUAACUACUUUAAUUUUGAUAUAUCAGAUAUUGUCAAAAUAUUUACCAAAGAUUGAAGAUUUUAGAAAACUAUGGAGCAACAAAGACGAAGGAAAACAUCUUCUGAAUUCCAAUACACACCAACUUCAUGACCGUCCCUGAACGUCAAAGACGUAACAACUUUUCCAUUGAUGUCGUAGUGGAAAUCUACAGUUGCACACACAAAUUCUUAUUGUUUUUAUUAUUAUUAGUUAAACGAUUGCUGGGUUGGUAAAAUCUGUAAAGAGUUGGGGAAAAUGCCUUGCAUUAAUUGUUCCGUUUCUAUAUAUUUUGAGAUCAAACACAUCCGAGGCUAACUUUGCUUUUCUUUCUUCCGAGGCAAAUUAAAUAAAGUACAAGUCAAGCACUGGGUUAGAUUUAAUUGACAGAUCCCUUCCUUUAAGAUUUCAGGUUCUUUGCCUAUAUUAGAAAAAUUACUGUUAUUGGUUGAAAGGCAAAAGCACAGGACACAAACUUGUGGAAUUUGUUCUGUCACUUUACAUUCUGAUUUGAAAUCCUAUCAAGAUCAACUUUGCCUUUCAUCUCUCCAGGGUUGAAAAAAUAAAGUAUCAAUCAACUAGUGUGUUCGAUUUAAUAGAUUAACCUCUUUUUCAGAGUUUUGGCUUUGUACCUAAGUAAAAAAUUAUUAUUAUUA